UGCAGUUCAGCAUUCGUCGGCGGUAGCGACGACAGCGCCGACAGGUGAUUGUGUCGGUGUACGGGCCACGUCUAACCACGAGCAGGAAAUACCCGCAGGAGGUGCCUCCAUGAACAACUUGGCGCGGUCACGUCCAGCGUCUCGGCAGGCUUCGCACGACUCGGAUUUUAUCAGCUCCAGCGACGUGGAGCCUGCCAAGCACGCGUUUCGUCGCCUCAAAGGCGAAGACGCGGUGUGGUCGAAACAUCUUCGACCUGACGGCCAAGGUGGCAGCAACUACAGCCUCGCAAAUGACGACAACAACGACGAUCUCGACUUGUCCGUGGACUACAGUUAUGGACAACGAAGUGUGUUUGCAGCUGUCGCAGAAUUGAACGCAACGACUUCGUUUUCUCGAUCGAAUGCGUCCUCCAUGUACCCUCGGACGUCCGACUCGGCCUCUGAAUCUCUCGGAAACAACGGCGAUUACGGUCACAGCGCGUCGUCGUCGUCCAUGCCCGAGUUCACGACUGGAGGUCGGUUUAAAGACACAACGUCAUUCCAGACGAAGCAAACGUCGCGGAUAUCCAACUUUUUUCGACGGCGGCGGUCCAUCUCGUCCAAGAAAGUCGGCGGCGUCAUUCACACGGGGGACAUUUACAUGCAGGGUUACUUGUCGAAACAGGGAUCAUGGCGCAAGAACUGGAAACGGCGAUACUUCAUCCUUCGAAUUGACGAACCGUCCCUGGUGUACUGCGACUCGGAAGAGAAUCGCGAAGUCCUUGGCCUCGUCCCCAUCACAAAGGACACCACGAUCGUCGACGUGUCGUCGGCAACGUCCACGUUAGCGUUUGAAGUGUCGAGCCCGAAUCGGGCCCUUCUGCUCGAAGCGCCGUCCCCAGACGUGUUCAAGGCAUGGAUCGAUGCUAUUCAAGAAACGAUCGACCUCGUCACGAGUCGGCAAGACAACGAUGACGAAACGUGUGGAAACAACGCCCAGGUCCGAUUCUCGCCGGACAUUCGGACAUCGCUCAAGGACGACAACUUGAUGUCGGCGCGGUCGUCGACGGCGUACUCGGCGUCCACCACGGACGACAUUGCCAACGUGUACGACCUGCGCAUCGAAUUGACAAUCGAUGGCGGGAAGGGCCGCAUGGCGUAUUACGUUUUGCUGGAAGGGAUCGAUGUGUCGACUGACGGCGGUGCACCGGACGUGCACAAGCUCGCGCAGACGGACGUGUUUCGAACGGAGGAAGCGACAAGGUCUUCCAUGGCGUCGCUCAGCACCACCGCGGUGCAUUGUCGGCACGCGUUCACAGUUCUCCUACCCCUCCACCCCGACAAGCACUCGGACAUCCGAUUCUCCCUCUUUCGCGCCCCGCAUGCCGACGAUGUCAACUUCGGCAAGUCCCCGUACGCCAUUGCGACCAUCGACAUGGCGUCGUUCCUGCCGCAGGCCAUCGCGACCUCCGGGUGCGACUUGCCGCUUCAGCUCGCCAAGAAGGAGCGCAUGGCCAAUGCCUCCGCCGUCCACCGCAGCACUCCGUCGAAUCGUGCCGCGUCGGCCCAAAACAACACUCGGACGCCGUCCGUGCAAAUGGACGACUUGGAAUAUUCGCUUCACAUUUCAGCGUUUGCUCCAGAUAAACGAGUUGUCGUCGGGUUGCCAGAUACGACCGUCGUCACCGCCCAUCGCAAGUACAUCGUCCCAACGGCGCUGACGACGUGUGGCGUCGUUGUCGUCGAGGCGAUUGCUGUGCCCAAGGCGACGUUUGCCAUGCCGAUUGCGUACUUGACGUUUCUCGUGGACGACCUGAGCGCGCGACUCGAGACAGCGCGGCGCACGGUCGACAAACGCAAGCUCGGGCCACUCGAGAAACAGUACGAGGCACUGCAAGCCGACGCCCGGGCGCACAUUGCGUUUUUGUCGGAAGAAGCCAAGGGCAAGGCGCAUUUCAAGCGGAGCACGUUCAAGAAGAAGAAGGAGUGGGCCAUGGUUGCGACCAACAUGCACAUGCAAACGAUGCAAGUGUACCACGGGACGGACCUCACCGGCACGUUCACGACAAUUACAAUGGGUGCUGCCGCCGCGCACACAAGGGGCUUCUCGGCGGGGGGUGGCCACCGCCUCAAGGAAACGCUGCACGACGUCCUCGGCGAAGCAAAUCGAUUGCGGAAACCCAAGUCCAAGGACCUCGACCCUCUCAAAGCAUUUGAGCUUUUCCACACCCCGAUCGGCCUAUUGAGCUCGUCGAGCGCCAACCCGAACUGCCCCAACAAAUCGUACGACCCCGUCUCGGUGGCUCAAAAAGCAUGGUUUGAUCUCGAGAUUCGCCACCACAGUCUUUGCGUCCAAGUGUUGUCGGCGACUGCGACGCAAAUUGCCGGGAUGCUGGAAUUGGCCGCGAAAGGCAGCAUCCACCACGCAAUGAUGUGGGAAAUCGUCAUGCGCAACAACCUCCUCAUGGACUUUGAGUCGCUCCUGAGCACCCAGGGCAACGAAGGCGGCAUGCUCGAGGAUUUUCGAGUUGCGUGCAGGUGGCUCGAGCACGUCGUGUUUAGUUUUGAAGUGAGUCCGAGCGUCACCGAGUCGGUGUCGUAUCGGUUAUCCCGGGGAGACAACUACCUUCUCAACGUUGUGGUCCGAAUCCCGGUCACGUUUGGCGAGCCGCUGCCGGUGGACCUCGCGACGGGAAAAAAGACGUUCCGAGUCCUGGCGGUUCUCUUCACGCAGGGCGUGAACGAAAUGCAGAGCUUGGCCCAUGCCAUGCACAGCUCGAGCACGGCGAUUCAAGACCAGAUCAACAUCGAGAGCUUCGAACGACUCGGCCAUUACUUUGCCCGAUUCAAGAAGCUCAAGUUUUCGCACAUGCCUCGACCCCGCGACGGCUACGGGAGUCCAUUUCAACCGAAUUUGACCGAGUUGGACGACAUGUGGGCCCAGAUUGCCGCGAGCAUUACGCAGCCCAUGCACAAGAAGAACGUGCGGCUCCUCAUGACAACGUCCGAGUUUUGUCGGCGGUUGGGGGGCGGUCGUGCCACGUGCUGCAAGAGCGGCAAGGAUCGAACCGCCAUGUCGGUCACAUUGGAGCAGGCGAGGUUGCUCGUGCAGGAGGCCAAGGCGCUGAAUCUCAAGCACAUGAUCGAAACGAUGCGGCUGUGCGGCGUCCGGCGGGACAACGUAUUCAAGAACAUCCAGACGCACACGUACGCGUUCAACGAGCUCCAGCGCAAACUUCUCCCCGAGUGCUACAAGCCACCCGUUGGCACGUACAAGAAGGGGUCGACGUAAAGGUCGGCAUCGGCCCCAAAAUACAUGAUAUCAUUAUUCAGUGCCA